UGCAAAAUGCGUAGCGGGGCCUGCCGUCGUGCUGCUAUCCCUCCUCGUUGUUCUUUGGGCCCGCCUCCGCGGCAAGACUGAUGGCCGUCACGAGUGCCUACCACAGUUCUGCGCCGUCCGACAUCAUAAAAGCGACCGACGGCUCCCAUCCCACGCACGCUCGAACAACUCACCAUGUUUCGCCGUCCCGCGGCGCGGCUUAGGCAGCUGGCCGCGCCGUUUCUGAAGCGGGGUGCCCUUCGAACGCAGACGAGCGGAGCCGAGCAAGCCUUCAGACCGAAUGCCGUGCCGAAGCCGUUCUGGAGCUCGAGCCGAGUGCUGCUUUUUACCGCUCUGACCGGAACCACGACUUAUUUCUUCGGCCUCAACGAUGACACUCCCCGCUUCCAGCUGCCCUGGCGCGGCUCCGCAAGGCCCCGCUAUGCCUCCAAGCACGAGAUGGAAAAGGCCAUCCAGGAGCUGAGGUUUGCUCUGGGCGACGAUGCCAUUAGCACCGACGAUGACGACCUUCUCAUGCACGGAUACUCGGAAUGGUCCUCCAUCAACAUUGACCAGCUGCCGGUCGCGGUGGCGUAUCCGAAAUGUACGGACGAGGUGUCUCAGAUCGCCAAAAUCUGCCACAAAUACAAGGUGCCUAUGAUCCCCUACUCUGGCGGAUCGAGUCUAGAGGCCAAUUUUUCUGCGCCCUACGGCGGUAUGAGCAUCGACUUCUCCUUCAUGGACAGCAUCAUAUCCUUGCAUGCGGACGAUAUGGACGUCGUUGUUCAGCCUUCUGUGCCGUGGAUGAGUCUGAACGAGGAAAUCAAGGAUUCAGGACUCUUCUUCCCCGUGGACCCUGGCCCGUCAGCUAGAAUCGGCGGCAUGGUUGGAACCAGCUGCAGUGGAACGAACGCCGUUCGCUAUGGCACAAUGAAAGAUUGGGUUAUUAAUCUUACUGUCGUCCUUGCUGAUGGCACUAUCAUCAAGACAAGGCGGCGGCCUCGCAAGUCGUCCGCUGGCUAUAAUUUGACGAACCUCUUCGUUGGCUCUGAAGGCACACUUGGCUUGGUCACUGAGAUCACGCUGAAGUUGACUGUGAUACCGCAAGACACUAGCGUUGCUGUUGUGACCUUUCCCACGAUACGCGAUGCUGCGGCUGCUGCAUCGAGGGUGAUGCGCGCAGGGAUCCCCGUGGCAGCCAUGGAAAUCAUGGAUGAGGUGCAGAUGGCCGUAAUCAACAAGGCUGGCUCCACAGCCAAGAAAUGGAAAGAAGUGCCUACCAUGUUUUUCAAGUUUUCUGGAACCAAGGCAGGGGUCCAGGAAAAUGUUAGGCUCGUCAAGGCCAUAGCCAGAGGGCACAAAAGCGGCGAUUUUGAGUUUGCCGUCGAUGCCGAAGAGCAGAAGAUGCUGUGGUCGGCCCGAAAAGAGUCUCUUUGGAGCAUGCUUGCUCUGCGCAAAGAAGGCGACGAAGUCUGGUCCACAGACGUCGCAGUGCCGCUCUCGAGGCUUCCUGACAUCAUAGAGGUAUCUAAGAAGGAGAUGGACGACCUUGGUCUCUUCGCCAGCAUCCUGGGACACAUCGGAGACGGCAACUUCCAUGAAAGCAUCAUGUACAACAGCAAGGACCCCAAAGAGCGAGCGGCGGUUGAGAAAUGUAUCAAGGACAUGGUCGAUCGUGCCCUAGAGAUGGAAGGCACAUGCACUGGCGAACAUGGUGUCGGGCUGGGCAAGAAAGACUCGCUCAUGAAGGAGCUCGGGCUCGACACCAUCAACGUCAUGAAGAACAUCAAGGGCGCUUUAGAUCCGCAUUGGCUUAUGAACCCGGGGAAGAUCAUGGACCUUCCGUCGUAGCAUUCUGGUGGCCGCUUGUGGCCUUCUUUAUCUUCGUACCUUCUGGUCCAAAACUCUGCAUAGGGAGGCCUUCUGUCACUUCGGACUGCAUUGUGUAGCGCAUUUCGAUAGACCUGGCAUUUUUGCUCGUUCAACGCAUACGUUUCCCUA